AUGGCGAAACUCACAUUUAAUACAUAUUUACUUAUAUUAUUUUCGAUAAUAUUGCUUCUUGUUACGUUUGUUCCCAUCUCGAUAUUUGCUGAAGAUUCGGACGAGAAACCAAAUAUUGGUACAGUGAUUGGUAUCGAUUUGGGUACAACCUAUUCGUGUGUUGGAGUACAUGUGAAUGGACGAGUUGAAAUUCUAGCCAAUGAUCAAGGCAACCGUAUCACUCCCUCCUAUGUAGCAUUCACCGACGAUGAACGUUUAGUCGGAGACGCAGCCAAAAACCAAGCACCAUCAAAUCCCGAAAACACCGUCUUCGACGCGAAACGAUUAAUCGGACGUCGAUUCAAUGACAAAGACGUGCAAAACGAUAUUAAGCAUUUCCCGUUCAAAGUCAUCAAUCAAGACGACAAGCCAGUGAUCCAAGUGAAAGUCAAAGGUGAAGAGAAGACAUUCACCCCGGAAGAAAUAUCGGCAAUGGUGCUCGGGAAGAUGAAGGAGAUCGCUGAAUCAUAUCUCGGAAAGAAAGUCCUGAAUGCGGUUGUCACUGUGCCGGCUUACUUUAAUGAUGCGCAGCGUCAAGCCACAAAAGAUGCUGGUGUGAUUGCCGGGUUGAAUGUUAUGCGUAUUGUUAACGAACCGACGGCCGCGGCUAUUGCUUAUGGUCUUGAUAAGCAGGGAGGUGAACGACAAAUUCUCGUGUAUGAUCUUGGUGGUGGUACUUUUGACGUGUCGUUAUUGUCUAUUGAGGAUGGAGUGUUUGAAGUAUUGGCUACGGCUGGUGAUACUCAUUUGGGUGGAGAAGAUUUCGAUAAUCGUGUUAUUGAUUACUUUAUUAAACUUUACAAAAAGAAAAGUAAGGUUGACGUAAGCAAAGAUUUGAAAGCCGUCGGAAAAUUGAAGCGGGAAGUUGAAAAGGCUAAACGCACAUUGUCACAACAAAUGUCCACUCGUAUUGAAAUCGAAUCAUUCCACGACGGAAAAGAUUUCUCUGAAACUUUGACUCGUGCAAAAUUUGAAGAACUCAACAAUGACCUGUUUAGAAAAACAUUGAAACCGGUCGAACAAGUACUCAAAGAUGCCGGUGUCAAGAAAGAAGAUGUACAAGACAUUGUAUUGGUUGGUGGGUCAACUCGUAUCCCCAAAGUACAGCAACUCCUCGAGGAAUUCUUUAACGGAAAGAAAGCGUCAAAGAACAUUAAUCCCGAUGAAGCUGUUGCUUAUGGUGCCGCAGUUCAAGGUGGAAUUCUCAGUGGUGAUGAUAAGGUUUCCGAUGUAUUGUUGGUCGACGUGUGUCCUUUGACGUUAGGUAUCGAGACGACCGGUGGAGUCAUGACAAAACUGAUCCCACGUAAUACCGUGAUCCCGACAAAGAAAUCACAAAUUUUCUCAACCGCUGCUGAUAAUCAACCAAUUGUACUGAUUCAAGUAUACGAAGGAGAACGAUCACUCACAAAAGAUAACAAUUUACUUGGAAAAUUCGAAUUAACUGGAAUUCCACCGGCACCACGAGGUGUACCUCAAAUCGAAGUCACUUUUGAAAUGGACGCCAACGGUAUCAUGAAAGUAUCUGCGGCUGACAAAGCAACCGGCAAAUCAGAAUCAAUAACCAUCACAAACGACAAAGGUCGUCUAUCAAAAGAAGAAAUCGAUCGUAUGGUCGAAGAAGCAGAACAGUUCGCCGAAGAAGAUCGAGUUCAACGUGAACGUAUCGAAUCACGUAAUCAGCUCGAGUCAUACGUGUACUCAUUGAAAGCUCAAGUUGCCGAUGAUGGCGAUCUCGGCAAGAAAUUAAAUGACGACGACAAGAAAACCAUCAAAGACGCAAUUAAAAAUACGCUUGAUUGGUUCGAUGAAUAUGGAAAUUCGGCGACAAAAGAGGAUUUGGAUGAAAAACGUGAGGAGUUGCAGUCAGUUGUUAAUCCUAUUACGAGCAAAUUAUACGAGGAUGGAGAACCAUGA